CCUUGCAAGCAGAUCGUUACGUCAGCGUUUUGUUGCUUAGAUAAUUUUGCUUCAGAAUGAAUCCAGGCCUAUUAUCAUUCCAUGUGUGAGGGAGCCAGAUGGCCAUUGCCCGUUCCGUGUUUCCAGUUGCCCUGCGCCUUCCCUCGGUCCAAAAUAAGCCAACCCCCUUCAAUGGAAGUCCUCACUUGCCCAUUAUCACCAUCACCAUCUGCACUCCCAACUCGCUCUCAAAACCUAAAGCUUACCCUCAACAUUUCCACACCACAGUAUGGUCUGUACGGAUUCCCACCCCACGGCUCAUAACCCUUGACGUCCUUAUCUUCGGUGUGCCUCCCCCAUGGAUUGGUCUCCAUGGCCCAUCUCUUAUCGCAGUCGCUGCAUAUGCCCACAGACCUGAUGGUGUGAGUGGGACCAUCACGGCGCCCAUGCUUGCACGCUCCGGCUUGUUUGCGAUUGAGACGCGCCUCGGCGCACUUGGCUUCACGGAUGGGUACGCGGGUCGAGGUGAUGUGGUGCGUGCCGUGGAGGCAGUAGGAGGCGGCAUAGAUGACGAGGCACAUUUUGAGGGCUUAGCUUGCUUGGCAAGUGUAAUUUCCUCAAUGUGAAUGUUAGGAUGUGAUGUUUUAUGGGGUCGAGUAGGGUAAUAGAGUGUUGUUUGUCUAGUAGUGAC